AUGGAGAUUGAAAGAAACGGCAAACGCAGGAGGAGGAGUGAGAGUCAUGAUGAUGAUAGUAAGAUGGCUGAGUGGUUUUUGUUUGAGUUGUCAUGCAAACUCCCCGUUAAGGAUUUGUAUCGAACCCUAUUGCCUGAUGAUAAAGAAGAUUUCAUCCAACCUGGACCAGAGUUUGACCUGCUUACUUUACCAACUUCUCCGGUAAAAGGGUCAUGUUUACGGGUCAUAGCUUCCGACAAGGGAUUUGUUUUGGUGGGACGUCACUUGCUGACGCCAACUAUAACAAAGACUCAAUAUGAAUUCUUCAUAUGUAAUGUUAUGACCCAUCACUGGUUUAGCCUCCCCGCUCCUCCGGUAUUCUGUGACGCCCACAAUUUGUUUCAUAACGAAUUGGGUGUGGGUUUUAUAGCACAAGUUGAUGAUGAAUUUGGGUUUUUGAUUAGUUAUAAAGUCGUAAAUUCCAGGGGAAAGUUUUUAUGUGGCUGCUUUAUGGCGCAAAUACUUUCUUCAGAAACAAGUCAAUGGGAAGACUACUUCCGAGUAUUGCCAUCCCAAAAUCAUCAUCAUCAUCCACUUGUUUUCUUUCGUUGUCAACACAGAGCAGUUCUUCUAAACACCACUCUUUACUGGAAUGAUCCUAAUGUUGGAUUCCUGGCCUUUGAUCCGUACGCCGACGAAAACGAUUCUAAUAAGUUCCGGAUUGUUGAAUUCCCCGAAGACAGUGUGCGGAAUGGAUAUAUUGCUGGGCGGGCUUCCAAAUGUGGGGUUUGUCAAGGACGUCUCAUGUAUUUCGAAAUUAUUCUGGGCCCAAAACAGGUUUGGAAUAGAUUACAGAUAUGGGAACUCGAAGAAAACAUUCGUUGGCGGAUUCGCCGGAAAGUAGAAGUUCAUCCACCGGCAUGGACGGACGCCCAAUUCGUGUCGGGUCAUCCAUAUGAUCCGGAUGUAAUCUACUUGUAUAUGCGCGGAACCCAGAGAUGGUUUUCAUAUAAUGUCAACACCAAGACCAAGGCUGUGCAAUCACUUCCAUCAUCGGUUAAAGAUAAUUGUGGCUGGUUUCUUAUAGAGCUUCCUCCUCGGCCUUUCUUCAUCCCACCUUCCUUUAUGUCGGUUAAGUCGUUAAGAUGUGAAUCAACGACUGAAUAA